UUGACCUGGCUCGUCCUAUUGUCGAUCUGACGUGCGGUCAACUCGUGGAGAUGGAGACCAGUGAGACGCAGCGGGCUAUAUCAAAAGAAAAAAGCGCUACAAUUUUGCGGGCUGUCCGCUCAUAUCUGUGAGAGGGGAAGGCGUCGUGCUCAUCUGUUUCAGUGGCCGGCAGAAGAAAGCGUCCCAAAUUCGCAAAUUCCCGGACACUAGCUGGUCGCGCAGUGGCGUCGAUGAAGGGACUUCGACAUGGAGACUGGCGAAUUUGGGACCAAUACCCUGUUGGUUAGCAACAUCUCGUCUGUGGCAUACCGAAUCUACGAACCUUUGCCUGAACAUCACCAAACGUUCCCUACAGCGGCCAUUGACGUCGAAUGCACCCUCCGAGACGAUGGACAUCUUGUCUUCUACGAUGCCACUCGGCGAGCAAUAUGGCAGUUCGGGAUAGAGCAGAAGGAUGGCACAAGCAGCGCGCCUGCUGAGCCACCUCGCACGCUCAAAACAGCGGGAUUCACGCUGAUCUUGACCGAAGAGGCCAUUUUCGAGCCAUCAAAGCUCCAGAGAACGAGGUCCCAUGCCCCUUCGAGCAUCAACACUCCCGUCAGCGCGUCAUCAACGGGCGCUACACAAGAUCACACUGCACGCGCCACCAACCUGAGUCUAUCACAGGGGCUUCAGGCAGGAGGGCAUGAACAAGAUGCAAAAUUGGGGGACCUGAUGGAUGUCGAUGCGAAGCCUCCACAGACGACAGUCAGGAUGGCAUAUGAGCUUUUCAUCGCAGCCAUUUUAUUAUCAAUAUCGACUAGGUUCUGUCCCGCGAUAGGUGCGGUACCUCUGAAUUACCGCACUGUGCUACUGCCUUCGACAAGCGAUCAAGGAGCCCGCGAGACUGACACAAAAGACUUGCCAAAAGGGUCUUCAAUACUGGGCACUUUUAGUGCAUAUUUGACGACACAAGGUUCACUCAUCAUCAGCUUGCAGCUGUCUCUCUGCAAUGGCUUGCUGUCUCUUGAUAACGUGUUCGCCUCCACAUAUGGACAGACGAUACUAGCAGCACCCUUCGGCAUACAGGCAACAAACCCGCUAUCCGCCGUUGCUGACCCAGGCACUGUGAGUCUGGCUCAAACACCGGCAACACAGGCCUUGAGUGUCCGAGGAUUACCAGAUGUCGAUGAGCGCAAAUGGAAACAAAAUUGCAUCAAAACAUUGCAAUCACGCGGCAUUCCAUCUGCUGCAAUCGAAGGGUGCACCUGGGUCAGCAUCAGUGUAUCACGACGGCGGGUAUGUGACACGAGGAGUGAACCUCGACGACACAGGGAUGGCUCCAUCAUGGCUUUCAUACCAUGGCCAGGUCCUCUUUGUUUUCGUCAGAAAACGCUCGAGACGUCAACGGGAACUCGGCUCGCGAACGAUACACUGAAUGGACAUGAGGAAAGCCACGAUCCUCUUGGCAAUGCUAGACGGUGGCUCUCUUGCGCCAGUGAACGAGAUGGACAGAUCGCGAAACGUAAAGCCAUGAGGGCCGUACCAGCCUCAGGUGACAAUGAGCAUGCGCCGCAGCCAGGACCACCCCCGGUGGCUCCCACACCAGCUGCUCUGGCUCGCCCAGGUACCACAGUCGCCAGUGCCAUGUACCCCACGCCCCCCGACGGUGUACAGCCGCCAAGUGACGUCGCUCCAAUGCUCGAUAGUCUGGUCUCGAGUCCCAAGAACCAUGUCUCCUCGACAGCAGCUGCUGACUUGGACGGAAUGAGCAUCGAUGGGCUCGGUACAGAGACUGACAUAUGGGGACAAUCGGAAUUUAGCCGAGAGCGGAGUGACAGUAACGUCUUGAGUGACCAAGAUAACAUGCUCAUUGGGGGUGAUAUCUUUGGCGAUAAUGACGUUACUGAAGAUGACUUCCGUUUCUUCGAUGAGCAACCCGAUGAGAUGGACCUUGGCAUUGCUGAUUACGCGCCAACGAGCGACAUCAGCCCUCCGAAGAACAGCAUCUCUAAGACCAGCACCCCCAAAGCCGUGCACGAGACUCCUGCAAGCACCCCAAUGUCCACGAAUCCACCGCUGCAGGACGCCGAUGUCUUUAAGAAGCCGGAGCUGAAGCACGCUAGAAGCUACAUGAGCCCAGCGACGUCCCAGACCGUCUCCGGCAAGUUAGUGUCCUCACCAAAGCGCGAAGGAAGUCCUUUCAGUCCCGAGGCAGUUUUCAAGCGCGUGCGUGGGUCAUUGGAACCACCAAGAGAGACCUCCGCUGCGAUGCCACCACCUGGCCGUCGACGUGGCAGUAUAUUCGACAAGGUGGACAUCGGGCCAGCGCUUCCCCUUAUCAAUAAAAAGUAUGAGAAGGGUGGCAUCUUCUCAUUUGACCCGGGAGUCGCUCUGACCAAGAACCAUGCACACCACGUCGGCUCGUUGCCCGAAACCGACUAUUUGCGAAGGCACAGUCGACGCAAUCGAAAGCUGAAAGAGUUGCCUACCCAAGCACCAGCAGCACACAUGAGCCCCUUCAACAAGCAAGAUGGCGGAUCAGCCAGCGACGAAGAUGCCAGCAGCGCGCAAUCCGAGGAGGACGACACAAGUUACACAUCGGACGAGGCUUUUUCACCCUCCAAGGCGACAUUUAGGCGAGGGGCCCAGGAGGACGACGUUGCCUCCCAAGUGACGUCUCUGCGAGACGCUGAGGCCCUCGAAGAAUCUGAGCAACACCUGGUGGUGGAGUUGCCGCGUCUUUCGAAGCCGGGCCCUGACGAGCUGCCUCUGGCGCGAAUCUUUGCCGACCCUGAGCCAAUGGGAACGCAACUGUCCUUGACGGACGAGACACUCGUAGCUGUCGCUCAGGUCUUGACGGAACAGGCGUCCACUGGCUUCGUGGACAUUGGUGGCAUGCGCGCGUCCGAAAGCCACCUCGCGCUGGCCACAAGUCAUCGAAGGACACUGGCAGGUCGGAUGCGCGAGUCCCUGGAGGCUUUACACGAAACAGCACCCGCAUGCUUCACGGGUUGGACUCGCAACAGCCUCAAAGGUCUUCUUGACUUGCCAGACGUGCCACUCGGUGGACAAGCAAUGCGGAUGGGGAUGAGCAAUCGCAAUCAAGCGGCUAGCGGACAGGAAGGCAACGUGGCGGCACAGCUGAGGCCCAGUAGUCUCUAUCCCAUCCCUUACCAUCGCCUUGAAGUCCGCAGGGCGGAGACGAGUCUGUCCGUGCUGCCGACAGCGGUAUCGUUUUGGGAUAGUCUAGGGCUCGCACCAGCUUCUGGGAGUAAAGAGGUGCAGACCUUAUGCAUGUUUCCUCGGUGGACAGGCAUGCAAGAUAACGUGCGCUCGUUUCUGGAGAGUAUGGGGGGCAUAUACGAGCUUCUCAAGCUUGGCAGCUUUGUCAGGCUCACAUUGUCGGAUGAUAUGGAGCCUGGCAUGAUGCCAUUCGAGGUUGACCGGAUAUCUACGUCGCCAGACGCGAGCGUGUCCGGGCAUGGCUCGGCUCUUCUCGACAGCAUGAACGCUCUGCAGUCUGCCUUGGCUGCUUUGCCUGCAUCGGAGGUCAACAUCGCCGUGCUCAUGGUGUACUCCCCUGGCAACCCGACGUCCAUUGUCGAAGCAUGCUUAGCGUUUCAGCAGUUUACUGAGUUGUACGCAAAGCAGGCGGCGACAAGGGAAGGCGGACCACCCGGGUUGACUUUGCAGCUGGUGUCCAUCGAUUUAGUCUCAUCUGCGACCACGCUCGUCGUUCCGUCAUCCAGUGCGUUGGUCAAGCUAUGUCUUGAGCUGUACGAUCGAUGCGCCGCCGUGGGAGGACCAUCGCCUGCGCCGGCUAUCGUACUCGAGCAACCAUUACCUCGAGUGAUUGAUUUCAAGCUCACGUCGAAUCCUUCUGCCUCUUUGAUACACGAAAAUUCAUGUUUUCACGUCAGCUACGCCUGCAGCCAGGAUGAGCGAUGGGUGUCGGCAGCAUGGACUGACGACAGGGGUACCCAACAAUCAACUGCUGCCUACUGUCUAGGUCGCAAGGGACGCCCGUUGUCCACAACAAUGCACGAGGUUGCACAUGAGAUAUGGGAAACCACCUUGGACAUGAUUGCGUUUCGCAAGGUUCACUGGCGGCUCAUCAUCACCAAAGUCGGCAACAUGGACAAUGCCGAAAUCGACUUCUGGUCUGAUCUUAUGAGGACAGAAAGCAGGGCGCAUGUUGCGGUGAUCCUCAUGACGGUCGACACCAAUCCCAGUCUACAGAUUGUUCCCCCCAGUGUUCAAGUGGCCGCGUCCAGCGCGGGAUUCUACACGACCCCUGUUUCGACUCCUCAGAGCAUCAUGGUCUCGCCUGAGCAGUCCUCAGCCCAGGCGGCGCCGCCCACGCCAACCGCAACAGACGGUAACACGGAUCCCGAGGCGGACGCCAUACUUUUGGAUUUGACGGACCAAACAUUCGGUGCCGUUGUCGGCCAUCGGCUCAACGUCUCGCAGACGCCGUUGGAACUCCAACCAUCCCUGGUAAGCGGGUUUCUCAUCAAGAAGACCAGCAAGGAGGUGGAGGAACCUCCUGUCGUGAUGGAGGUCAAUCUCGUGCAUACAGAGGGGACGGGUCGACCUUACGAACCACUGCUGCGGGAGAUGCUGAACAAUUUCCGCGGCCUGAACACGUUGGCGCGAUCCAGAGGCGUUGUGGACAAGGCUACGGACGUACGGCCAUGGCACGUUGCUGCGGCGGAGAAGGCUGUUCGAGCAUUGUAUAUGCUACUGUAAAUCUGGUACCAUUGGUAUGGGUUGGCAUUGAUCCGGAGCACGAUUAGAGCAGCCCAGGACGGUGCGGUUUUUUGGGGGGGGGGGCGUUGAGCAUU